AUGCAUAGUUUCACACAUUUUCCCGCUGUUUUCACACUCUUAUUCUUUCUAGUCGAGCACUCUUAUCAAAUUGGUAACAUCGAUUUCGGACAAUGUUUUGAUCAAAACAAAACGUUUUAGAUUGUACAAAUCAAGCGGUGACGUUUACGCAGAAUUACACAAGUUUUGUGAUCACCUCGGAUCCGAAUGAUUUGGCGGCGAAGACUUGCAAAUAUACGGUAACCGACUUGUGAAGUUGGCGCUACAACAAAGUAGAACUCGCACGGAAUGGAACUUCCAUGUAGCGCCGCACGGUCUCAAGAGCUGACAAUAUGGGCGUGGCCUCGGCGGCCAAAUGGCGUUUUCAUGAAUUGAGCAGGUUUUCUCUGAUUUUUGUGGUCAACGGCGAUGAAAAAUGCAUGUUCGACAUGAAAACACACUAAUUCGCAGAAUUAAUGACGUUUUGGCGCAUUUCGCUUUUUCGAAAUGUUGUUUUUAUUUCCCUAAAAACCGCACUUCUCAUUUUGCGCCUUCUUGACCGUUUUGGGACAGAAUUGGUUUCGAGAAUGAUAAAUCACGUAAAUACAAGCAUUUUGAGCGCUCGAACCGAGAAAACUACCGAAAAGCAACUGAAAUUCACGCAGUUUUAGCCAAAAACCUUCAAACUUGACCAAAUUUAACACUCUUGCGCUUAAAAAAAUUCGUAAUAGCCUAUACAAUCGGUCUAUCGAGAGAUAAAUGAGAAAUUAUCGGUUUUUCGUGGCUAAUCUGGCAAAAAACACAAAAUUUUGCAGCUAAAAUUUGAAUUUCGCGCCAAUGUAUCGCUCUAUUGGGCGGGGCGCACUUGCGCCCAUUGUCAGCUUUGGAGACCGUGCGCCGUGAAGUUAAAAGAAACGAAUUCAAUUUCAGUUCACAGUCCCAAAAUACUUUGUGCCAACGAUAAUAGCCGUUGACCUGAGGCUCACGGGAAAUAACAAGAUCACGACGAGACAGUACUCCGAGUACGGCGGAUAUAAGAAUUACGAGUUCGUGAGCGAUGCUCAAUGGGUUCUGGGACCUGUGAACUUUACGAUAGACCUUUCGCUUCCGGAUAAAUCAGCCAAUGACUCUUUCAUUAUUUUGAUUUCGGUCAAAGAUAGUGAGUCAUUUUCGUCGUUUAUGCACACAGAACAUGCAUAAUCUUUUACAGAAACCCCUGCCGUGAACGGUCGAACAUUCCUCGUGGACAACACGCUCAGCACCAUCAUCGAUUCGGACAGUGUUCAGGGCAACUCGAGCUUGCUUCAGAUGUUCGAUGCUCUCCACGUGCAGGACUCGUUCAACAUCAAAGUCGCCAUUUUCACCGAGGGCAUUCUUUUGUACAACCUGAUCCAGAACAUUCAUAUCUAUGAUUUGGGCGUCUACAAAGGAAGGUAAGUUGCGUGUGCGCGUGUGUUUGUUUUUAGUAUUUGUAGCCUGCAACACCCUAGUCCGUUGCAGUUUGCUAGACGUCCUGGUGGCUGAGAACAGUUCUCAAACGUGCGCCGGAUCUCAAUUCGCUAUUGUGAACACGAACGGCGCCACAAUUGGAGUCUACUCGAUUCUGAUUUCGACAACCAACGGACCGGUACAAGACUGGAACGAGCGGGUGUUCGUGCGGCCCGCCGCCGACGGAAACACCACUCAGACGUACGGCCACCAACGGACUCACCGUAUUUCAUGAGAUCACCAACCCGUACGCGGGAAUUGUGACACCAUCCAUUUAUCAACAAAUCGCUUUUGUUGGUUUUUAGUUUGAUCUGUCAACACAAUUCAACUUUCAGAGAGGAAAUGGGCAGCUGGAUGUGUAUGCGGGUUGUGUGACAGGUCCACACUCGUCGAAACUGAUCGCUACAAUCACGUGAGUCAAGAUACACAUCACUCUUUCAAACAAUCGAAAAAGAAAGAACGCUUCAGACCGUCCAACGCGGCCAAUUAUGAGAAGCUGAUGAUGUUCGGACGGUGCAAGACGUAUGUGCUGACUCAAGGAGUCUUCCAAUGGACAAAGUAUGAUACUUGUGAGUUUAGAAUUGCGGUAUGUAUUUAUUACCUCAAAUUUCGGUUUCCUAGACUUUACGGAUUACAAGCACGAGAUCGGUCGUCAAGGUGUCAUUAUGAGCGACAAUUUUCCCUAUACGUAUGACGAUACCAUCACAAGAAAUUACUUGAUUCAAGCGCCAAGUAAGAACUUCAAAUGUUAGUACACAUGUACGCUAUCGGUUUCAGAUGACAAGCAAAACAUAAUUGUCAAGUACGAAGUGGCGGAAAUCGCUUCCAACUCGGCGUUCCAGAUAAAAGAGGAUAUUAGCGCUGGAAAAGAGUCUUAUAGAAGGUUUGUUUGUUGUCAAAAUUCGUUUUGCUCACUAUCAGACCGAUCAUUUUCAGCCUGAGCUCAGCCGAUGCCGCGUACACCUCCUCCUCCACCUACUAG